GAGGAGGAGUGAGAAGAGAGGAGAGGGGAGAUACAGGGAAUCACGAAAGAGAAACAGAGAGAGAGAGUGUGCGGCGAGAGCAGCAAAGAGGGAGGGUGAGAGAUAAGGGGGAAAACUGCAAAUUUGGUGGUCAGGUCUCCCAGUGCGCACACAUCUCUCGUCGGCUGCACCAUCCGACCAGCUCUCCGGUCUGCAGGAUGAGUUCGUUCAGUACGAGGGCUCUGACGCUGCUCUCGUCAGUUUUUGGGGCCUGUGGUCUGCUGCUGGUGGGCGUCGCCGUGUCAACAGACUACUGGCUGCUGAUGGAGGAGGGGAUCAUCCUGCAGCAGAACCAGACCACCGAGGUGAAGAUGGCGCUGCACUCUGGCCUCUGGAGGGUCUGCUUUGUGGCAGGACCGGAGAAGGGCAGAUGUGUGGCGGCAGAGUAUUUCACGGAGCCAGAGAUUGAGAUCACGACAGAAAAUACAGCCAACAUACUCAAAAUGGUCCGGACUGCCACUCCUUUCCCUAUGGUCUCCUUACUCUUCGUCUUCACCGCCUUCAUCAUCAGCAACAUCGGACACAUCCGGCCUCAGCGCACCAUCCUCGCCUUUGUUUCCGGAAUAUUCUUCAUACUGUCAGGUCUCAGUCUGGUGGUUGGCCUGGUGUUAUAUAUCUCCAGUAUUAAUGACGAGGUGAUGAACCGACCCAGAGAGCCGGAGCAGUUCUUCCACUACCGCUACGGCUGGUCCUUCGCCUUCGCUGCCUCCUCCUUCCUGCUGAAAGAGGGGGCAGGAGUCAUGUCAGUCUAUCUCUUCAUGAAGCGUUACGCUGAGGAGGAGCUGUACCGGCCUCACCCCGCCCUCUACCGACCCCGCAUGUCUGAAUGCAGCGACUACAGUGGCCAGUUCCUCCACCCAGACUCCUGGCCCCCCCCCCAGCGGGGCCGCAGCGCUUCCGAGGUCUCCUCCGACAUCUCCAUCCAGCUCAACCAGACUCCACCUUCAAAGUCGCAACCCAAGGGGGGCAGCAGCUCCCAGCAGACGCCCUCUUCCUCUGGGCCUUCAUCAGCUGCCAGCUACCAGCACCAGCCGGCCUCCUCCUCCUCCACUUCCUCCUCCUACCCACACCCCCUCCAUCUGGCCGCCACCUCCACCCUACCCAGAGCAUCCCAUGGCCACCCUCAGUCCCAUCCCCACCCCAGUGGACCCCCACCCCAGUCCCUGCCGAUGGGGGUGCCACCAUCAGCCGUGCCUCCUCCGCGCUAUCACGCGCACAUGCGAAUGAGUGCCUCGCCAUGCUAGGCUACUUAAACAAAACACAACUGGGGGGGGGGGGGGUAGAUUGGUUAUAGCUCUUACACACCACACACACACAAUUCCUGUAUCUACAAAAUGUGUGGGAGGAAAGAUGCAGCAGAGUGGAUGAAGGAGGGAGGUUUAGGGAGAUCAAAUAGAGGAAAGAAAAAAGAGGGGAGGAGGGGAGGAGAAGCAGGUGGGCGGAGGGAUGACUCACUGCUGCUGCUCAGCCCGAGACGAAGACAGAACUUUAAACAUGCUGGGAGGGAAAACGGGAGGGGAUACGAUGAUUAGUAGCAACAAGACAUUUGUGAGGUUUCUGACGGGUACAUACUGUACAUCAUCAGGGCCGUGAUACCCAGGGUGAAGCAGCACAGGAAACAGGAAGCUGAAUCAUUUCCACAACUCUGGCCAUUCACUAAAAGAACCAACCUUUGAAAUAAGGUAUCUGGCUAAAAAUGUAUUAUCCUUUCAUCAAACAAGGAAUAAGGAUGCCUGCUUUAAAAAGAUUUUAAGAAAAUCAAUCAAAUAUCUUUUUGGAAUGUCAUCGAUAUGGUUGGGAAGGUUACUAUGUUACAUCUUCAUUACCUUUGACCACUUUCUUAACAAAUAAUGAAACCAUAAGAGCAACCCCUGUAAAACACAAGACUACAGUGAUAUGGAUUUUGAUUAUGAUAAGGAGUACAGGUGAUGGAUGAAAGACAAUUCAGAGUGAUAUUGGUUCAGUUUACUGUGAAUGUAAAAAUAAAGGAACCCCAUAAUAUUUUCAAAUUAGGGCUAUCAGUGAUGAAAUGCCUAAUUGUUCAUUAUGCAUGUUAAUUAAUAACAUAUUACCCAUUUACAAUAAACCUUAAAUAAAGAAAUCAAUAUAUAAUAUUCAUGUCAACAUUGAAUUGGACAUAUAUGCUAAAAGAGAAAGAUAACUUUUCUUUCUAACAACCAUAUUUCAAGAUGGCAUUUGAACACAUAAGAACCACAUUGUGAUUGACCUUUACCCAAUUUUAAACUGUUUGAUCUUGAUCACACCAUAAUGUUACUUAAUGUCACCUUGCUGCCGUCUGUUGACAUUAGCUGUAGCUGUUAGCCAAGCAGUAGUGUAGCAUUACGACUCCAUUAUUAUGUGUCAUCGGCUAGUUAACUGCUAGCAGCUAACGUGAAUUAGCUCUCCUCCUGCCAAUAACAACACAGAUGUGUUGUUUAUGAUGUAGCAUUAUCAGGUAUUCUUUCCCAGUAUUGCUUCCCAACCGUGUUCAUGAAGAACUGACUGAUAUGAUAAAUAAUGUCUAUAUUAUAAUAAUCCGUAGUUUAUACAGUAUCACAAAUAUUAUAUACACAAUCGGAGUUAAACUGUAUAUGCAUAGAGAUUUACACUUUAACUGUAUAGAAAGUAUUCUUCCCCCUCAUGCUGCAACAAAAACGUAAUCCCGUACCAUGAGGUGUAUAUAUUAUAGUAUGUUUUAGGUGUUUUAGCUAUUACAUUUUAUAAGCUGUUUGUAUUUUAAGAGAGAAGCUUUGGGAGUGAAUGUUUAAAUGUUGAUGGAUGAAACUGAGAGACUUUUUAAAGUGCCGAUUGAGGUUGGAAAUGUUCUGCGGUCGCGUCAGCAGGAUUCUGCAAAGUUAGCAUUGACUGAACAAGAGGCUGUCCGUGAUCAUCCUGGUUACAAUCAAAAUGGCUGCCUUGGAGAUGCUGUUGCCAUGGAAGUGAUUUCUUAGGUAUGUACAUAUUGGUAUUUGAAACCAGAACUCUUAAAGCCAGGUUCAGAAAUGGAAACCGACUCUUCCUCAAUUCAAUUCAAUUCAAUUCAAAACCUUUAUUUAUACAGAUAAAACCCAUUGAGAUCAUAGACCUCUUUUACAAUGGUGACCUGCUUCAAUUAGUUCCAAACAUUAAUACAAACAUGACAGAAAACAAAGGACAUUAUAUGAUACUACAGUUUGUAUACUAGUAGCAUUUACAGACACCAAUAUUUUCUGAUUGUAUAGCGUCUAUCCUAGCUUUAAAAACAUGAAAUGGAAUCAAACUGCUUAGCUUCCAUUCCUUUUUCCUGGUUUUAUUUAUGAUAAUAUAAGGUUUAUAUUAAGAACUAGAUACUACAGAUAUGGCACUUUGAUGAACACAUGCGUACAUGGGAGGCAAACUGAAAACCUGAGACAGAUGGCUUUGCAUUUCAAUGUACCUCCUGGUUUAAUCUAUUAUUCAUAUAAGUAGCUCAGUCUCAAUUUAUUGGAGUCUACAUCUUUUCACUAAUAUCUGUUGGGUCCAGACAAUUCCUUAUCAAGUGUAUUUCAGAGAUGAAGGUUUCAUCUGUCUUGUGAUAGAGGACAGACUAUUGUACCAUUUGAUUGGAAAUACCUGGGAAUUGUCUCAGCCACUGUAAACUACCCAACAUCUUAGCCAAAUUGAUAUUCCAAAAAGCCCCAGGUAAAAUAAUACUUCGCCUUUUUUUUCAUCGGCUUUCAAUAACCCAUAUUUAAGUUUUAUGCUAUGGCAUGUCAUCAUUAAAAAUUGAAGGGAGGAGGUUGGAAAUAUCAAAAUCCAGUUUUUGACAGAUUGUGACAGAAUGAUUUACUUAACUGAAUACUGAAUUACUACUGUUUCAACUCAAGAUCCACUUGCUUGCCUGUUCUGAAGUUUUGACCCAAUCUCAAGGCCCUCAUCAGCAAAUCAAUAUGAAAUUUGCAUAUGUUGAGUGGAAUUUUUUUGGGGACAUUCAGGAUUUUCAGUUUGACUCCCAUUGAAGUUCUCAUGGUGCACAGUGAAUUAAAGUGAAACACUUAAGAAGUUCUUGUUUUUGUAGCAUAUUAACAAUCGUGCCCAACAUAGGGCAUUAUUUGUAGCCAUUUUUAGACCUACACUGGAAAAUGUUAUGCUUACAUCCUGUGGUACUGUUAAGAGAAGAACAAUGUAUCAAAUGAAUUGCUGUGUUAGCAUCUGUUAUGAAUAUUUGCUUUGUGGAAAAUAAAUAGGAACUAAUUUAGCCGCUGAGUAUGAGAGCUUUUGCUGAUGUUUUGCGAUGUUUCCUUUUAAUUGCCAAAAGCUGAGCAUUCAUGCUGUGUAGUGAGCACACACACACACACAUAUAUUUAUGUAGCUGACUUCUGAGGAGUUGUUUUCUGAGACAUAAACAUCAGAACCAACAGUGUUUCUGAGGACAUCACAGCAGAGACGUACAGUUUUGAUGCUGUGAGCCGAUUUCUCAAAUGUUUACUUCCUUUACUUCCAGAUCCCUAACUUUGAUCAUGGUGUAAAUAUUCAUACUGAACACACAUUACACAGUCUACCUAAGACAUGUUGACAUUAUCAAGGUAAAGAAAUGUUUAAAGUUUACAUGUUGAGUCCAAUGACAUUUGACUGACUCAAUACUGGUCAAAAACUGACCUUAAGAUUAAUGUGACUUUAAUUGUUUAUUUUUCAUAAUGUUUGCAAACAUGCUAUAUGCAGGAGUGUGAUUUUUAUCUGCCAGCAGUGUUUUGUUAAGUUGAAACCAAUAAAGCUUGCCUGGUUCCAGACUCA